AUGAGCGGCGUCAUCGAGGCGCUGCACAUCUACGAUGAGCGCAACACUCCGAUCCUCUCGCACACCUACACCGGCCGUCCCCUCUCGGCCGCCCACCUCCUGCCCUUAUACUUAGAGCACCCGACCCCGCGGCCGAACCUCAUCUACCUCUCGACCACCAACCCGCCCACCCUCGUCUUCAGCCUCUCCCACGCCAACCUGCUCUUCCUCCUCACCACCUCCUCCGAGAUCGAGCCUUUACUGGUCCUCGAGUUCCUCCACCGCGUCGUCGACGCCCUCGAGGAGUUCCUCGGCGCACCGCUGCUCCCCUCCAAGAUCGAGAGCAACUACGACAUCGUCGCCCAGCUGCUCACCGAGCUCUGCGAUGCCGGCACCGUCGCCACCACCGAGCCCAACGCCCUGCGCGACCUCGUCGAGGUCGAGGGCUUCAUGGGCAAGCUCCUCGGCAGCAUCACCCUCCCCGGCGCCAUCAACAAGCCCCUGGGCGGCGGCGGCAUCGGCGGCGGGCCCGCGUCCGGCAGCAACGCGCCCUCCUCCCUGAUGCUGUCGCAGAACAUGCCCGCCCUGCCCUGGCGCCGUGCCAACGUGCGCCACACCUCCAACGAAAUGUACGCCGACGUCGUCGAGACGCUCUCGGUGACCCUGGCGCCCUCGGGCCGGCCCAUCGCCGCCUUCGCCCACGGCACCAUCGCCUUCACCUCCAAGGUCUCGGGCGUGCCCGACAUCGUGCUCUCGCUGACCAGCCCGGCCGGCCGGCACAACCUCGGCAGCAUCAUGGAGCUGCCCGUCUUCCACCCCUGCGUGCGCCUCGCGCGCUGGAAGGAGCAGCCCGGGGAGCUCAGCUUCGUCCCGCCCGACGGCCGCUUCAUCCUCGCGGGCUACGAGGUCGACCUGCUGCCCUUCAGCAACGGCAAGAGCGGCAACAUGGCGGCCAACAACCUGCAGCUGCCGGUCAACAUCGAGAUGAAGACGGGCCUCGGCCCGGCUGGCUCGGACUUUGAGGCGCGCGUGCACAUCAGCCGGACCUUCACCUCGUCCAUGAGUGGCAGCGGCGCCGGGGGCGUCGGAGGUGGCCCGGCCGGGCGCGGCUUCGGCGGCGGGCCGCACGCGGGCACCCUCGGCGCCCCGCUGCUGGAGGACGUCAAGAUUGUGAUCCCCCUGCCCGCAGAGGUGCGCAACCUGUCCGAGAUCCGCCCGAGCAAGGGCGACGCGACGUACAACCCGGGCGACCAGUUCCUCGAGUGGCACAUCUCCAACAAGGACCUGGCCGCGGGCGCGACCUACUUUGGCCUGCGCUGCACCGUGGUGGGGCGGCAGUCCGCCUCGGACGAGGACGACGACGACGCUGUGGCGGACGACCCGAUGGGUUUCCGCGCUGGCGGUGGCUUCAGGGAGUACGAGGCGUACCAGGCGGACGAGAAGCCUCACGGAGACGACGGCAAGAAGAAGACGGCGCUGAACAAAGACAGUUCGGCGGCAGCAGCGGGGAACGAGAAGCUGGUGCAGCAGAACCGGAUGCUCAUGCCGAGCUCGGCGUCGGUGAGCUUCGGCGUCAAGGGGUGGCUGCCGAGCGGCAUCAAGAUCGAGAGCAUCGUGCUCGACCCCAAGCGCAGCCGAGGCCUGGGCGAGAGCGUCAAGCCGUACAAGGGGGUGAAGUACCUGACCAUCAGCAAGGGCGGGGUGGAGGUGAGGUGUUGA